ACGUGAUUUGCGAUGAAAUACUGGAGAAUUCACCUGGAGGGACACCCAGUCCCAUAAACGGCAGGCCUGCGCCUCCUUUGCUGGCUCCGCCCCCUUUCCGUCUCUCCCCUCGCUUCUGCUUGUCUUUACGACCCCACAUCUUGAACGACACGGACACACAAACUCUCUAAAGACACUGCACAGCUCUCUUAGAGCUAGAAUAGGCCAGAUGUAGGCCACGCCCCGUUUCUCCGACACGGGACCUCCACAACCGCGCAUGCGCAAACACUGAAUUUCGGGAAUGCGAGGAAUGCAAUAUUACCAGCCCCGCCUGCGUUUUUUUUGCAGACGAGCGUCAUCGGAGAGACGCGCGACGCUAAGCUGCAGUUUUUCUCUCUGAUCGCAGGGAAGACGAGGAUCGCCAUGCCCAACACAGGCAUGCUUGAUCACCGUGCAUACGGGUAAUGACGUCAGCUUGUUAGUAAGAGGUUCACUAGAGGGAAUAGGGAAGACCAUCUUUUGUCUGGACAAAAGAUGGUUCUUUUCCUUGCCCUACCAGUCUCUGCAUUUCUACCAUUCUUCAGUCAUCACUCUACCGCAGUAACUAAGGCGCUGUUGUCUCUCUGCUGUGUGUGUAGGAGCAGUCGACGUGAGCGGAGCAGAGUUCACUGGCUGGAGGCCUGGCCCUCGCGAGCUGGCUACACCACCGUCGAGUCCACGCGUGUCGCCAGUUUCUCCAGACAUCUGCAGAUCCUCAGGAGCCUAAACCAGCCUUCCACAGGUCGUUCUGGUUCCAGACCAGGAUCCUCCACUCCAUACCCCUCGAACUCCCUGUCCCCAUUCCAUACCACCAUGAAACCAACCUGUGGCUACUUCUUCGCUCACGACACUGAUAACAAGAAGCGACGCAUUGGAAUUCCACCGUCCAACCUGGUGGCAUGGAGGUCAAAGGUUGGCCACACCCACACCCAGAGAGCCCAGACUGCUCACUGAUACUUUCGAAAAUUUUCGUCAAAACUUUUUUGAAGUUGUACUUUUGGUGUUUGUGGUGAUUGGAAGAUGACAAAAAUGUUUG